AUGUCUUCCAAACACAAAUCGGAGGAAUUUGUAUAUGACUCAGAGAGUGGCUCGGACUUCGAGGAUGUGGGAUUUGAAGCUCCAAAACACUUUGAGAAGGUGCCUUUGCUCACACCAAAAACCAAGAUUGGUAACAGUGAAGUAUGGUUGAUCAAGGCUCCCAAAGGGUUCCCUGUCUCAAAAUUGAAGUCAUUGCCAGUCUCCUUCACAUCUUCCAAGGUGUCCGACAAGGGAGUUAAACCAUUUGACCUAGAAGGAAAGAGCUUUCAGGUGAAUGAGGAGACUUUUGCUUCGGACUCUGCAAAGUACACCAUCAUCCAUGAGAGCUUGCUUAACAAGAAAAUCGACAGAUACUACACGGUAAGACAAGUUGUCGAGAUCCCGGAGAUCAAUUACAGCAGGGCCAUCCAGGCCAGAACGGAUGUGCCUAAGGAAGAGAACUUGAGAAUGAGACACUUUCCCACCGGCUACUCUGCCAGCAACUACAUUGAAGCACAGCCUAUCCCUGAGUCGAGACUAGAUGAGGACGGCAAAGUCAUUAAGAAGAUGAGAAUCGAGCCCGCAUCUGAGAAGAAGGAGAAGAAGGACAAGAAGGAAAAGAAGGAAAAGAAGGACAAAAAGGACAAAAAGAAGGAUAAGAAGAAGAAGAAGGAUUGA